AUGUGCAGAUUCUAUCUGGGUUUCAUCUUGUGUGCUCUCAGCAGCCUUGUGCUAUCAUCGCCGGCUCCCAGAGCUGCAACGACGAACUGCUAUCCUCUCAUCGCCGGCAGCCAGCAAACCCAUUUCCCGUCCGGCAAUCUCCCCUGUGUCGCAGUGCCGGAAAACUCUGUCACUCAAGGCAACCUCAAAGUAUCGACCUACCAUUGGGUGAAAGGACCGGACACUGCGGUGGUAUAUGGUGAAAAGGCGCAGCUCCAUUUGAAGAGCAUCAACGAUGGCAUCCAGAAGGCUGUCAAAGCCUAUGGAGGUUUUCUGAAAGAAGCCCCACUGAGCACAAACCUGGUCUUCAUUCCAGCAGCCUCACUGCCCGAUGGUUGGGGUGGCACAUGGAUGCAAAAGGGGACCACUGCGGCUCAACGUAAAUUCAGUGUUCUCAUCGCCAACUUUCGGGACGGGUUCCAGCCCGACUAUAACAAAUGGGCUCGGACAACCGCCCAUGAGCUCUACCAUUGUGUUUUGAUGAGCACCAACGCGCAAGAUGCGCAGGCUGCCCAUGCCUGGAACCAAUGGUGGGACGAGGGAGGGCCUUCCUUUUUCGCGAGCGCACUGUUCCCUGAGCCCCUAGACCCGACGUUGAAGAUCUAUUCAGACCCGGAUCACCCGGAUCUGAACAUCCAAGGCUGGUUCCAGACCUACAAACCCACCGUAUCCUUGUACAACCAAGGAUAUAGCGCCGAGCUAUUCUUUCUCGACAUGUACACCCGGCCGACCCAGAGCAGGCAGGAUUUGGCGAACAUCCAUAGCUUCCUCUCGCAACAAGACAUGAGCUCAACCGAACAGGCUGAACAGGCUCGCGUGGCUGGCGACGGCUUCACCCCGGAUCAAUUCCGGGAAUUUGCACAGCGCUUUGCGGAUGGUGUGAUCAAGCUGAGGCGAGAUGCUGACGUCAAGGCGGCGGUAUUUCCAGUCUACAAACAGGGGUAUCAGGAGUCGAAGACCGUGAAGCUGGGCGCAAACGCUGCUCCGGCCACCUGGACCGCCAGCAAGCUCGUUUCGUUUGGCUUCAUGCGUCUCGACCUCUCCCUGCAGGCCCCGGACACGAAAAACCAGGUGACGUACGCCAUCAGUGCGGCCAGUCAGGGUGCGGGCACGACGAUUUUCUAUCGAGCAAAGACGGCCAAGAAGUGGACCAAACUGGACGCGGGAACCUCGAAGAAGGUCACGGUCGGCUGCGGCUCGGGUCCUCAAGACUACGUCCUUCUCUUUGUGUCUACCGAUGGAACCGAUCCUCCCAAACCGGUCCUGACCGUCGCCCGGCAAUCAAGCAAGAAAUGCCCGUGCACGUCGGCGCGUCGCAGCCUCCUCAGUCUGCGCCAAGAGUCCUGUGAGUCCGAAGGAGCUUGUCUCGAUGGCACAUGGAACCUGGAUCUCGACAGCCUCAAGGCCGCAAUCCAGGCCGCCCUAGCCAAAUCUUCUGCUGAUGCCACUGUGACAAAUCUCAAGCUGGGCGGCUCCUCGACCUUUGUCUACGACGAAGCUGCCUCGACGGCGUCCAUGUCCUUUGAUCACACGACUAUAAGCUACGAUGGCUCUGCCUCUGGAUAUGAAGUUCACAUUGACAUCGACAUCAACGGCAAGGCACAGGGUCCAGUGGCUAUGACAGGUGACAACUCUUUUCACUGGACCGACAUAACGGGAUCGGGAGAGUACAACACGGCUACCAUACUCAAAGGACUAGGAGACGACACUCCGAUCGAGGUGGAUAUGCCACUGACGGCGGUUUACACAGCCGACGUGGUGGUCAAAUACACAUGCAGUGGAGAUAAAUUGACGUUGGAGGGCCUGGAGAAUGGGCUGUACAUAUGGACGUACAGCUACACCAGAAGCGGUGGGACAGCGUAG